CGGGUUUACGAUUCUGCGUCCACCGCCGAUUUGGUCCUUAUUUUGCCCGGUCCUAUCAAUUAUACGGGCUCGAUUAUAAUGACGCCUGUACCACAUGACAUAAAACUUUUUCCUCAUCCUGCAGCUACUAUCCCAGUUACAGAUGGAAAUGGCGGCCUGGUUGAGCCUUUAGCUAAAUAAAAGCCGGGAGGAUUGUGCUUUCAUGAGGAAAAACUGCCUCGGAGUUUGCUUUCAAAACGUGACUGGAGUUUUGCGAAGAUGACUCGGUGGUUUCCGACCAAAAGGGAAAAAUACGGAGUGGCAAUCUAUAAUUAUGAUGCGAGAGGAGAAGAGGAGCUUUCCCUUCAAAUUGGAGAUACAGUACAUAUAUUGGAGAUUUAUGAAGGCUGGUUCCGUGGAUACAGGUUGAGACGCAAGUCCAGAAAGGGUGUGUUUCCUGCUAGCUACAUACACCUAAAGGAAGCAAUUGUUGAAGGCAGUGGCCCAAAGGAAACAAUCAUUCCAACAGAGCUGCCACUAGUACAGGAAGUCACUACAACACUUCGUGAAUGGGCCACCAUAUGGCGGGAGUUGUAUGUUGGAGACAAAAGAGAUAUGUUCAGCACUGUCAGGGAUAUGAUUUACUGCUUGAUCGAGUGGAGAUCGCAAAUACUUUCUGGAACCCUCCCACAAGAUGAAUUGAAAGAGCUCAAGCAGAAAGUGACCUCUAAAAUAGAUUAUGGCAACAAAUAUCUUGACUUGGAUUUGGUUGUAAGAGAUGAAGAUGGAAAUAUUUUAGAUCCUGAGCAAGCAAGUACCAUUAAUCUGUUCAGGGCCCAUGAAGCUGCAUCUAAGCAAAUUCAGGACAGAAUCCAAGAAGAAAAGUCUCAGAAGCAAAAUAUUGAUCUGACAAGACAAGCCAAAUUCGCAUCAACACCUUCAUUUGCAUUAUUUGUCACCUUGAAGAAUGUUGUGUGCAAGAUUGGAGAAGAUGCUGAAGUGCUUAUGUCUCUAUAUGAUCCAGUGGAAUCUAGAUUCAUUAGUGAAAAUUACCUAGUGCGAUGGUCCAGUUCAGGAUUGCCAAAAGAUAUAGAUCGGCUCAACAAUCUCCGAUCUGUUUUUACAGAUCUUGGAAGCAAGGAUCUUAAAAGAGAGAAAAUAAGUUUUGUUUGUCAGAUCGUGAGAGUGGGAAGAAUGGAGCUAAGGGAUAACAAUACCCGCAAACUUACAUCAGGAUUACGACGACCAUUUGGUGUGGCAGUUAUGGAUGUAACAGACAUUAUUACUGGAAAAGUAGAUGAUGAAGAUAAGCAGCAUUUCAUUCCUUUUCAGCCGGUGGCUGGAGAGAGUGAUUUCCUUCAGACUGUUAUAAACAAGGUCAUUGCUGCCAAGGAGGUGAAUCAUAAAGGGCAAGGUCUGUGGGUAACUUUGAAGUUGCUUCCUGGAGAUAUUCAUCAAAUAAGAAAGGAUUUUCCACAUCUUGUGGAUCGAUCUACAGCAGUUGCAAGGAAGAUGGGUUUCCCAGAAAUUAUUAUGCCUGGUGAUGUACGAAAUGAUAUUUAUGUCACCCUGGUGCAAGGAGAUUUUGACAAAGGGAGCAAAACAACGCCUAAAAAUGUAGAGGUGACAAUGUCGGUGUAUGAUGAAGAUGGCAAGCGUUUAGAGAAUGUUAUUUUCCCAGGAGCUGGAGAUGAGGGCAUAUCUGAGUAUAAAUCUGUGAUUUAUUACCAAGUAAAACAGCCACGGUGGUUUGAAACUGUAAAGGUGGCAAUUCCCAUUGAGGAUGUGAACCGAAGCCACUUGCGUUUUACAUUUCGACAUAGAUCAUCACAAGACUCAAAAGAUAAAUCAGAGAAAAUCUUUGCCUUGGCAUUUGUAAAACUGAUGAGGUAUGAUGGUACGACACUGAGAGAUGGAGAACAUGAUCUUCUAGUUUACAAGGCAGAAGCCAAGAAAUUGGAAGACUCCACGACAUACCUAAAUUUACCUGCCACCAAGAUGGAGUUAGAGGAGAAGGGAUACACUUCAACAGGAAAAAGUUUGCAAAGUCUUGGAUGCUGCUCAAUUAGUAAAGACUCAUUCCAGAUAUCUACUUUGGUUUGCUCAACAAAGCUUACUCAGAAUGUUGAUCUUCUUGGACUUUUGAAAUGGCGUUCCAACACCAGUUUACUACAGCAGAAUCUAAGGCAGCUGAUGAAAGUUGAUGGUGAAGAAGUAGUUAAGUUUUUGCAGGAUACAUUGGAUGCACUUUUUAACAUAAUGAUGGAAAACUCGGAGAGUGACACCUUUGACACCCUUGUGUUUGAUGCAUUGGUAUUUAUAAUUGGGCUGAUAGCUGACAGAAAAUUCCAGCACUUCAACCCUGUCCUGGAAACCUACAUCCGAAAACAUUUUAGUGCAACCCUAGCUUACACCAAGCUUGCUACCGUCUUGAAGAACUAUGUUGAAAAUGCAGAAAAAUUAACUGAACAACUCUUCAAAGCCAUGAAAGCUUUAGAAUAUAUUUUCAAGUUCAUUGUUCGCUCUAGAGUGCUUUUCAAUCAACUUUAUGAAAAUAAAGGUGAGAGUGACUUUAUGGAAUCAUUAAGAGACCUGUUCAGAUCUUUUAAUGAUAUGAUGAACAGCAACUCUGAAAAUACAGUUAUGGUAAAGGGAGCUGCAUUGAAAUAUGUACCAACUAUUGUGAACGAUGUUAAGCUUGUUUUUGAUCCAAAGGAGCUUAGCAAACUAUUUACAGAAUUCAUUCUGAAGGUUCCACCUGGACGCUUAGUGCGUCAGAAGCUCUACUGUUUGAUUGAUAUAGUUCACAGUGAUCUGUUCACACAGCAUGACUGUCGAGAGGUCCUGCUGCCCCUAAUGACAGAGCAGCUUAAACAGCACUUGGAACAACAUGAAGAACUGGAGGCCUGCUGUCAGCUGCUCAGUGAUAUACUUGAAGUCUUAUACCAAAAGGACGUGGGCCCAACUCAACGUCACAUUCAGAUAAUUAUGGAGAAAUUACUAAGAACAGUAAAUAGAACGGUCAUUUCCAUGGGGCGUGAUUCAGAACUAAUUGGAAACUUUGUUGCCAGUAUGACAGCCAUUUUAAGACAAAUGGAGGACUACCAUUAUGCUCACUUAAUCAGCACCUUUGGGAAGAUGAGAACCGAUGUUGUGGAUUUUCUGAUGGAAACAUUUAUCAUGUUCAAAGAUCUCAUUGGGAAGAAUGUCUAUCCUGCCGACUGGGUAAUAAUGAACAUGAUGCAGAAUAAAGUUUUUCUGCGAGCAAUUAAUCAGUAUGCAGCUGUGCUCAACAAGAGAUUCCUUGAUCAGACCAACUUUGAGCUCCAACUCUGGAACAACUACUUCCAUUUGGCUGUGGCAUUUCUAACUCAGGAGUCUCUUCAGCUGGAGAACUUUUCCACUGACAAACGGGCCAAAAUAUUUCAGAAAUAUCAGGAUAUGAGGCGACAGAUUGGAUUUGAAAUUAGAGAUAUGUGGUAUAAUCUUGGUCCACACAAGAUAAAGUUCAUUCCUGAAAUGGUGGGCCCAAUUUUAGAAAUGACUCUUGUUCCUGAAAUUGAACUCAGAAAGGCCACAAUUCCAAUAUUUUUUGACAUGAUGCAGUGUGAGUUUCACUACACAAGAAGCUUUCAGCGGUUUGAAAACGAGAUCAUCACCAAGCUGGAUCAUGAAGUGGAGGGAGGCCGAGGGGAUGAGCAAUACAAAGUGCUGUUUGAAAAAAUCCUCCUUGAGCACUGUCGAAAACACAAGUACCUUGCCAAAAGUGGAGAGAAUUUUGUCAAUCUGGUUGUAAGACUAAUGGAGCGGCUGUUGGAUUACAGAACAAUCAUGCAUGAUGAAAAUAAGGAAAAUCGCAUGAGCUGUACGGUAAACGUACUGAAUUUUUACAAGGAAAUAGAGAGAGAAGAAAUGUAUAUAAGAUAUUUGUAUAAGUUAUGUGACCUGCACAAAGAGUGUGACAACUAUACAGAAGCUGCCUAUACACUGCUACUUCAUGCAAAACUUCUGAAGUGGUCUGAAGAGGCAUGUGCUGCUCAUCUAACCCAGCGGGAUGGCUACCAAGCAGGAACCCAAGGACAAUUGAAGGACCAACUCUUCCAAGAAAUUAUCAAUUACUUUGACAAGGGCAAGAUGUGGGAAGAGGCUAUAUCUUUGGGCAAAGAACUUUCAGAGCAGUAUGAAACAGAAAUGUUUGAUUAUGAACAACUGAGUACGCUUUUGCAAAAACAAGCACACUUCUAUGAAAGUAUAGUGAAAGUGAUAAGGCCAAAGCCAGAUUAUUUUGCAGUAGGAUACUACGGCCAGGGAUUUCCAACAUUCAUUAGGAACAAGAUGUUUAUUUAUAGAGGAAAGGAAUAUGAGCGACGUGAGGACUUUGAAGCAAGACUGUUGACUCAGUUUCCUAAUUCAGAAAAAAUGAAAACAACAACUCCACCUGGUGAAGAUAUAAGAAACUCCUCAGGACAGAACAUUCAGUGUUUUACAGUAAAGCCAAUAAUGGAGCUUCCUCCAAAGUUUCAGAACAAGGCUGUAUCUGAGCAAAUAUUGAGUUUUUACACUGUAAAUGAAGUUCACAAAUUUCAGUACUCAAGGCCUGUAAGAAAAGGAGAAAAGGAUCCAGACAAUGAGUUUGCAAAUAUGUGGAUUGAAAGAACCACUUAUGUUACGGCGUACAAGUUACCUGGGAUACUAAGGUGGUUUGAAGUCAAAUCAGUGUCUAUGAUUGAAAUCAGCCCAUUGGAGAAUGCUAUAGAAACAAUGCAGUUAACCAAUGAUAAGAUCAACACUAUGGUCCAGCAGCAUUUGAAUGACCCUAACUUGCCCAUAAAUCCUCUUUCUAUGUUGCUGAAUGGAAUAGUGGAUCCUGCAGUGAUGGGUGGAUUUACCAAUUAUGAGAAGGCUUUCUUUACUGAGAGAUACACGCAAGAACAUCCUGAGGAUCAAGAAAAGAUUGAAAAAUUAAAAGACCUCAUAGCUUGGCAGAUCCCUUUCCUCUCUGAAGGAAUUCGCAUUCAUGGUGAUAAAGUGACUGAGGCUUUAAGACCCUUUCAUGAGAGACUAGAAGCUUGCUUCAAGCAGCUAAGAGAGAAAGUGGAGAAGCAAUAUGGGGUUAGGGCUUUGCCAUCUACACUUGAAGAAAAAAGGGGAAGCAGACCUCGAUCUAUGGUGAGGUCUUUUACUCUGCCAUCAUCACAGAGGCCACUCUCUGUCGCAUCAAUUACAUCUUUGACAUCAGAAAGUGUUCCUUCAAGGCCAGGAUCAGAUGGAUUUGUGCUGGAACCUCUUUUACCAAAAAAGCACUCUAAGUCACAGGACAAACUGGACAAAGAUGAUUUUGAAAAAGAUAAGAAAGAAAAGAAGAAGGAGAAGAGGAACAGUAAACACCAGGAGAUAUUUGACAAGGAGUUUAAAGCUACAGAGAUCUCCUUGCAGCCCACUGAGGCUGUAAUCCUUUCUGAAACGAUCAGUCCUUUAAGACCCCAAAGGCCAAAGAGCCAAGUUAUCAAUGCAAUGUCAGAAAAUAGGCGUAUUUCAGUUUCUCCAGCAAAUACAACCUCUUCUUCUGGACCACCACCUGUUACUCCAAGACCAAAGCUUACUUUCAGCAUGCAACUUGACUCAAACUUUGAGCUAAAUGGCACGAGCAAACCAGAUGUCCCACCCCCUCUCCCUGUUAAAGGUAGCACUGCAGAUUAUGGAAAUAUUAUGGAUAAUCAAGACUUGGCAAGUCCGACCACACCUCCACCACCUCCCCUACAUCACAGGCACUUACCACCUCCACUACCAAGCAAGACGCCACCUCCUCCACCUCCUAAAACGACCCGCAAGCAAACGUCUGUUGACUCUGGAAUUGUACAGUGAGAGCAAGUGGAGAAAUCACAAACCAUUUGGUGUAUUAUUUUUUUCUCCUUUUUUAAUUGCAUCAUUUGUUUUAAAAGGAUUACCUCAUUUGGGCCUGCACAAUUUUUUUUUUAUUUUUUUUUUGCUGGUAAUUCUGUUGCAGGUUGGAGUUUCUUCUUUCUGCCCAGAAUAUUAGACAGUCCUUAGCUGCUGAGUAGUGAAUGCUAACUAAUGCUAAAACAUUGAAGCAUAAGCGUGCUGUACUAAAUGAGUUAUUGUUUGCUUCCAACACUGUCUUUUGGGUAAACCUUUAGUACUGUAAUGAAUGACCUGGUAAUGGAGAAUUGAAUUUUAUUGAAUUGCUACUCUGUUCUUGCUUAAUCAUUGUGUACAGAGGUUUGUAAAUAUGAUUUUAUGUUUUUUAAAUAUAUUUUAUGAUGCCGAUUUUUAUCCUACUAAUACAAUAAUGUGUAAGUGAUAUAACCUCAAAGCUAUAAAAAGGGCCUUUACAUUUUCAAGCAACAGGGACUGUAAACUACUAGCAAACAGCAGAUGACUUUUAUAAAUGGUAUUUAACAGGUUAGAAUAUAUGGGACAUUGGGGAGAGAGUCUGACUAACUUAGCUUUCACUGUUCUCACUUGGUGUUAUCAUUUUAUAUGAUCCACACUUUUAAUCUGUAACUAUGAAAUAGGAUAGUUUUAAAAAUCACUACUGACUGAGAAAUAAAAAAGUUUAUGCAUUUUUUUUAA